UUAACACAAAUAAACACACAUUUAUAAAAUCUAAAAAAAAAAACUCAGUGUGUUGUGGCAGAGUGUUGAGGUUCAGUUGAUUUGUUACUAAUUAAGGUUAGAAUUUUGUUAACUUGACACUCCACCAUCAAAAUGAUAAAUUACCUGUCAAAAAUGUUUAAAUUAAAUAAAUUAUCCACCAGUACAAUUAUUAUUUUUACAAUUAUUUAUUUUAAUCCCAUAAAAGUAACAUUCGCUGAAGAAUUUCCUCAUGACAUAGAAAAAUCUUAUCAAGGCACCACAGAGGACUCUAGUAAUCCGGAUCCUAAAAUAACAAGUCCAGGUAAUUUAGGAUUCAUCCAUGCAUUCAUAGCAUCACUUUCGGUGAUAAUUGUAUCAGAACUUGGUGACAAGACAUUUUUUAUUGCUGCUAUUAUGGCUAUGAGGCAUCCAAGGCUAACAGUUUUCACUGGUGCAAUAGCAGCUCUUGCUCUCAUGACCAUUCUGUCAGUAAUAUUUGGAUAUGCAGCAACAAUAAUACCACGUGCGUACACAUAUUACAUAUCCACGGCAUUGUUCGCAUUGUUUGGGUUAAAAAUGUUGAAAGAUGGUUACUAUAUGGCACCGACAGAAGGGCAGGAAGAGUUAGAAGAAGUUCAGCUGGACUUGAGAAAGCGGGAGGACGAGUAUGAAAAAGAAGAAAUUGUGACGACAAUCCAAGACCCAGAGACGGGUGUUAUUAAAAAAACUAAAGUUAAACCGUGGAUGCUGAUUUCCCGGAUAUUUUUGCAAGCGUUUUCAUUAACGUUCUUGGCUGAAUGGGGAGACAGAUCUCAACUUACGACAAUUAUUCUUGCCGCGCGAGAGGAUGUCUAUGGUGUUAUCGUGGGCGGUGUUCUUGGACACUCACUGUGUACUGGAUUAGCUGUUUUAGGCGGUCGAAUGAUUGCCCAGAAAAUAUCCGUCCGAACAGUAACAAUAAUCGGCGGAAUAGUCUUCCUUAUUUUCGCACUGACUGCGCUCUUUGUAAGUCCGACAGAGAGCACGUGAAAUAAAUAAAGAUCUUGAACUAAAUAAAAUAAUAAAUAACUUUUUAAAAAUAACGUACAUUAACUGAAAAAAUGUGAAUAUCAAAUAUUGUGUAAUAUAAAAAAAAAAAAAAAAAAAAAAAAAUAAUAUUUUACAGUAGUUAGUAGAAUUAAUUAAACUUGAUAUUAAGUAUUGCUACUAGAAUGUAAAUCAAAUUAAUUAUUUUUUUAAAAAAUCAACAGGGAUUUCAAAAUCCUCUAUUGUUUAUGUUAAAGAAAAAUUAUUACUAUUAUUUUGUAGGGCAUCUUCACUUACUGAUACUGCGAGUGUGUUGUAAUAACAUUCGAGUACCUGAUAAAUAAAUCAUCAAACUAUUGUUUGUAUUGUUAAAUAAUAAGGGCGCUAAUUAUUUUAAAUAAUGAGUCAACUAUUUUACUAAUUAGUGUCUUUAUAUUUGUAAAUAAUAAACAGUAUUUUUUUUAUUUGAUAUUGAUUUAAAAUAUAUUUUUUUUUUUUUUUAAUUGUGAUAAACUUUUUUUUUUUUUUUUUUUAAAUAAACGAUAAUAUUUUUAUAAAUGUAAUUGAAUAAUUACCUUCAUAAGUUAAUUAUUUAUAAAAUUUCUAAAUUAAAUUUUGCGUACUCUUUUUUUUUAAAUUAAAUAAUUUUUAUGUCAUCAUAUUUAUAUAUUUUUUAAAUUUUUUCCCGGGUACUGUAAAUUAUUAUUUAUAAAAUAAUCAAAAUUCGAAUUAAGUUUUUUUAUUAAUUUUAUAUUUGACACUUAUUUAUUUUUUUAAUCAAAAAAAAAGAAAUGGAUAAAGUGGAAAGUCACCGUCAGAUUUUUAAAAAAUAAGGGAAUAAAAAUUUAAAAAAAUAAAUUGUUUAGUCCAUGAGAAAUGAAAUUUAUGUAUUUAAUUGAAUAAAAGAGUGUACAUUGAGAUUUUUUCAAAUAGUGUUCAUUUUUUUUGUUCUAUGCGUAAUAAGAGUAAUUAUAAUUAUAAUAAUCACAUACAAUUAAUCGUAAUAAUAAUUAAAUGUGUAAUUAAUAAACUCUAAAGUACAUAAUUAAUUUAAAAACAUUAAACAGGCAACUGUACAUAAUAGCGGGAAAUUUAAAUAUUUAAAAAAAAAUGAUUAAAAUAAAAGACAACUAGAUCAUAAAAAAAUAUCAGUCUAAAAAAUAUGGACCGCGUAUUUGUUAUAAUUUUAAACUCUAUACUAGUAAUUAAUCAUAAAUACAUUUAAUAUAUAUAGUAACAUAAAUAUCUUUAAUCAUUUGUCGUUUUUUUUAAAUUUAUAAUAAUAGUGUAGGUCAUUAAUUAAUAGCCCAAUCAA